AUGACUUCAAUCAUUUCAAGAGCAACCAGACAAUCAGUCUGGAGACAAAUCUCAGGUGCUAAAUUUGCUCCAUCAAUUGCCCUAAGAUCAUCAUUAAAUUUAUCAAAUUCACAACCACAAUUAAUUUCAAAACCAAAUUUAGCCACUUUUUAUAGAUUUAAUUCAUCACAAUCAAAAGAUAAAGCAUCAACUUUAACUGAAGAUGUUCGUGAAAAAUUAGGUCAAGAUACACCAGCUAAAAUUUAUACUUAUCAAGAUAUUAAAAAUUUAAUUACAAAUCCAGAUCCAACUAAAAUUCUUGUGGAUGUUCGUGAACCACAUGAAUUUCAACAAUAUGCAAUUCCAACUUCAAUAAAUAUUCCAUAUAAAUCAUCACCAGGUGCUUUAGAUCUUUCACCUGAAGAAUUUGAAGAUGUUUUCAAAUUUGAAAAACCUGAUAAAGAAAAAGAAUUGAUUUUUUAUUGUCUUGCAGGUGUUAGAUCAAGUGCAGCAACUGAAUUAGCUCAAAUCUUUGGUUAUGAUAAAUUAGGUAACUAUGUUGGUAGUAUUGAAGAUUGGGUUAAACAUGAAGGUAUUGAUAUAAAUAAUCCAGAUCAAAUCAAGAAAUAA